GAGAAAAAUAAAAUCCUUUCCAUGAUUCAAAAUAUAUCACAAUCAUUCAUCAUCUUUAAAACCCACAUAUAAAUCUAUAUGAUUCCCACGUCAAAUCAUUUUCCUAACUAUACUCUUCAUCACAAAUUUAUAUAUUAAUAUUAUAGUCAUAUUCACAUCAUUGUUCUUGAUAUAAUAAACAUGUAAGUUUGGGUCCUUGGAUAGGGUGGCUCAGCUUAUGGUUAAGUAAUUCGCAGUUGUACCAAGCAUAGUGUUAGUGUCCAAGUAUAGCAUUUCAUCAACAUCUCCGCCUCAACCAAGCCCAAUCACAAGUCUCAACUCACCACCACUCCCCUCUGUUAUCCCCAUUUUUAUGACCGUUAGAUUCAAAAUCUCCCACUUGCAAUGAGAUUUCACCUCAAAACUCUCUAGAGCCUUCUCACAUUCCCAAAACCCAAAAUGGGAUGUUGUCUCAGCUCCCCCAAGUCAACCCAGAGAGAAGAGCUGAAACAACCAGAUGUGCCCUUCAACCACCACCGCCAUUUUAACCGGACUACUCCGGCGCUGGAAGUGGAGCAGACCCAUGUUGGAAAAGCCCACAUUAUGCCUCCACACCCUCCUCCGGUCGUUGAAGAAGAGUCCGUUAAGGAGGUCCUCUCAGAAACCCCGGUUUCAAAACCCCCAGCCCCAGAAACUUUUACAGAGAAAAAGACUAACUUGACCGCGAAAGAGGAGAAAGAAACAGAGGUUGUGGAGGUCUCCGAGGCUUCUUACCUCUCGGAGACGUGUGAAGUCAGCGAGAGCUUCUCAUACUUGUCAACGACGACUGCAACGACUAUUACAGAGGUAAGAGACGAAGACGAAGCUAUUAGCAAACGAAAGAGGGAAGUGGGUCCUAGAAUAACAAAUGGGUCAACGGCUACUACUCGCCGGAAGCGUCCCAACUGCGGAGCUGAGCUCACCAGUAGGAGAGGGAGAGGACCCGUUUCUUCGGCCAGUAGACCCGAACGGUCAGCAGAGAAGAGAAACCGGGUUGAUAACAAGUCCAUUCGUGGGAGGGAAUCGGGUCAGGGAAGGACCAUACAACGGAAUGAUGGGUAUGCCGGAAUCCGACGAGAUAUCGGCGAGGUAUCGUCCCGGCGGUCGAGGUCACCGGCUCCACGGACGACGAAUGGAGUGAGUCGAGGCGGGCUUGCGAGAAACACGUCAAAGGGAACCGGACGAGGCGGUAGCAAGUCAUUAGGUGGAGAUGGCAAGGAGAGCCAGAGCCAGAGUCAGAGUAAUACUAAUAACGAAGGUAAGAAAGAGGAGCACGAUGGCGGUUCUUCGCAGCUGGGGAAUAACGAGUCUUUGGAGAAUCCUCUGGUUUCAUUAGAGUGUUUCAUCUUUGUCUAAAUUGCUAUUGUUUGCUAUUAUUUUUUUGCCAUUUUGUGAAAAUGUGGUGGUUUUUUCAUGUGCAAAGCAAAUCUUCUUUUGCUUCAGAAACCAUUUUGAAGGAAUGUGCGUAUUCUUUCCUUGUGUCAAUCAAUAUCAAGCCAAUCUCCAAUUGUGUCGUGUACUUUUCAACAUCUUCGUUUUUUGGCUUGGGACAAGUAUGUAAAUGAUUUAUUCUUCUUCUUCUUCUUCAAGUCAAUUUAACUGUUUUGGUGUAUGUAA